CCGGCAUUUCCCGUUUCUUGUUGCCCAAGUACGUACUGAGUACAAUAUAAGCCCCUCCCUUUGAUCGCUCGGCCGCGACCUCGCGUUCGUCCGUUCGCCUUCGUUCACGGGUGUCUAUUUUUCCCCUUACACAAGAAACUUCAAGAUGGUUACAGCGAAGUCAAUUUCAACAAGUAAUAUCCUCGAUUUCUAGAUGGAAUCACAGAAGACUCAGUCUGGAGGGCAACAGCAACCUCAUAAAAUCGAUCCAGCUAUGCAAUCUUGCAGAAAGAAGAAGUCAGAGAAUGCUACUUUUUUGGAGGAUGUUAAGGAUCACAUUGACGAGUUCAUUCAUGCUUCCAUGGAUGAACACAAAACUUGUUUCCAAAAGACCAUCAAGAAGAUGUUUGGAAUGUCCAAGGUUGUUGCUGAGAGGGCUUCAGAAGCAGAGAAGGCCAAAGAGGUUGAAAGCGUGCUGCCCCUUCAAACAUCAACAUCUUAGAUGUGCCUGGACGUUUUUCAUUUGCAUAAACAGAGAGUAUUAUCAUGUUAGACUUUGUACGGUUUAAAGAUUAAUGAUGCAUAAAUAGAGAAAAGACAAUUAUGUGAUGUAUGCUAUAACUGGAUAUUUGGGUUUUUUUUUUUCAAUGUCUUUUUCAAGUUAGUCUUGCUUGUAUUA